AUGGAAAAUGAUGGGAAUCUUGUAAUUUAUGAGAGGGACGGGAAGGCAAUAUGGUCGAGCGCGAGCAUCAGUAACACAAAGGACGGUGACUAUGCUCUCAUUCUUCGGAGGGACAGGAAUGUGGUCAUUUAUGGGAGUAUCUUAUGGUCCACAAACACGACAGACAGUUUAGCCGUUGGGAAUUGGACGACUGGAAGGUCCCCCUUCAAUAUUAUCAGCCAAGGUGGUGAUAAUGCCACGGUUCAGUCCAGCAGCACCGGUGGCAUUGGCCAGGGUGGUGCUAAUGCCAUGUCCCGACGAAUGGUUCAUAGGGCUCAGGCCAUUUAA